AUCAAGUAACCUAAAUCAAUUGUUCAAAUGGUACCCGAGAAGAUGGAUGCGAACUUCAGGAAACGGAUGCGGCGGAGACUGUACUAUGGUGACAAGGCAAGCCUGGACAGUCCUUCUCUUCCUCUUACAGAGUUGACUGUUGAAUAUUUCAAGGAAAGUGUAUCGCAGCAACUAGGUCAUGUGGACUUGGAUGUGGCAUCAAAUUUGGUCAAGCGCAGCAGAGUGUCACCCUGCUCUAUGGUCAUGUCAAUGCUGUAUGCCAAGAGGCUUCGUCAGUGCAACACAGACUACCUAGGAUCAAUGUCUUCCUCUGAUGUAUUCUUCAUUUCAAUGAUGAUGGCCAGCAAGUAUUUAUAUGACGAAGGUGUCGAUGAGGAAGUGUUCAACGAUGAAUGGGCAAACAAUUCUGAGCAAGAUGUGGAUGAUGUUAAUCAGAUGGAGAUCGGUUUCCUGCAGGCCAUGGACUGGCAUCUUUUUGCUCGACCAGAUGAAUUUGAGGAUACCCUUGCUGAUAUUGAACGGAGUCUGGCACUAAGGGAAGGCAUACGGAGAGGUUGGUUCACGUACUCGGAGCUUGCAGUGUUGGCAGACUCAAACUUCAUGUCUUGUCUUUGGACAAAUGUGGGCCUUGAGUGCACGAAGCUGACCUCUGUCCUAAGUGUGGCCUACGUGACCAGCCUGCUCAGUCUGCUUGGUUCCACUGCCCUUGCUGUUCAGCUAUCUGGCCCCUUGUCCUCGACAAUGGUUGCGAUUAUCUCUACCCAAUUGGCUCCCUUGGCAGCGUCCAACUGGCAAGCUAUUCCACCUUGUGAUCCAACUACGUUGAAUUCAGUCAUAUGGCCGGAGGGAAAUUUCAAGGACACUUCUGAUUAUGACCAAGCAUUUGAGAACGAGACUCAGAGUGGUCAGGUGAAUGGUGUCUUUUGCGGUGGUCUUGUAGAUCUGCCAGGUGUACCAUCAGGAGUGGGGGGUCAGUUUUUUGUUUCGGAUUAUCCCUCUGAUGUUGUUGGUUGUCAGUAUGAUACAAGUGAUGAUAUAUCCGGGCUUUCUCCGCAGCAAAAGGUUAAGUCUUCCCUCCUGUCUAUCUGGUUUUUCGACUCCUUCCUUUCUCAGCUGUGGUCUGCGACCUCUGAUAAGGUCAAGCCCCCCUCUUGCUGUGACCAAAUUCAGCCAAGCCAGCGCCUUGAUGGUGAGGAACUUGUGUCUCCUCAGUGCAAGGUGUGUUUACAGAAGAGGCGGAGAAUUUGCUCUCACCGUCUGACAUCGAGCAGAUCAGGACUUCCUUCAGCCGUUUCGAAUAGUUUUCACCAUCACAUGGACGUGCAUCCCAAAAUCUUUGCAGAACCAUCAAAGAACUGUCCUGAGCGCUGUCUACAUCCAGAGCCUCAUGAUGAUGUGGUUAUCCAGCUCACCUCGCGGUCAGACUUUACCUGUAGCAUAUUAACCCCUGAUCCUGAGUCAAGAAAGGGCUGCCACUUCCGGAAAUCUGAUCACUGUAAUUGUGACCUGGAAAAUGCAAAGUUUCCUCUGCCUCCUCCCCAUAGUUCUGGUGACCUCUCAAUCUUGCCUCCUCCGUGGAAGACCUCCGAUUCUGGUGAGCAGAUACAGAUGUCCUUGAUGGCUGAUGCUUACUUACUGCGAGUCCCUCUUGGCUUCCACACUGGCCUCCCUCAUGCUCUGGAGGUCACAUGACUCUGAUUGUCAAUGUUUGACAGAUUUGCCGCUACUUACAGUCUAAUCUAAGGCAACUUCUUUUUUGUGUGAUUGCGCAAUACUAUCUUAAAGAUAACAUCUAACUUGUCUUUGUUCUGUUGUAUUUGAAAGAUAACUUGGCAAAGUUCUGUUUUCAUUAUAAAUAUAUGUAUUAUGAACAUGUUAUGGUGACUGGGGUUUAAGCCACCUUUCCUUGAUGCUCGUUAUAUCUUUUCCUUCAGUUUUAUGCAAAGAAAAUUCUGAAAUUAUGCAAACUAGGCCCAAAAAUGUGAAAUUAUGCGAUUCUGUUAAUUUUAACAAAGAAUGAUGAAGGAAAAUAAUCUGAAAUUAUGCAAAAAAUGGUCAAGUUUUGCUUUAAAAUUAUGCGGGGUGCCUAAAACCCUGGGGACAGUUAUAUAGCAUUGAUCAUAUAGCAUACUUCCGUGGUUCCACAUAAAAGGCAUUUUAUUAGUGGUUUAAGUAACGUGUUAAAAAAAUAUUAUGGGGCAAUUAUAUUUGUGUCACGACGCGGUGGAAUCAGGCACUUGUCAAUUUUUGGGCUUGUGGAGUUACUGGUAUCAGCUGAUUCAUUUGCCUUGCUUUCAUCGAAAAAUAAUACCCUUCUUUCUUGAACGGAAGUCGAGAUAUUUAUUUGCAUUUGAAGAUGGUAGGGUCGCUUGGUUUCAGUGGUAAAAUUAACGAGAAAAUGGCCGCCAAAGUUUGAUAACUUCAAUAGCCUCAGAGUCAGUGAAAACUGAAAAAUCACUGAUUUUGUGCCUUUCAUCGUUUUUCGGUAAAAUUCACAUGGAAAUGAGUUUUUAUAUGGACAUAAAAAUUGUGGAGCAAAAGAACAAAAAUUCUAUAAAUAUUGCCAAACUUGCGGAAAAAUGCCAGUUUCUUCACUGAUUAAUUUGACCAGCGCCUGAUAUCACCACGCUGUUUCACAUUUGUGUGAGGAGCUGCAAAAACCAUUGACAUGGGUCGAAACAUGAUGACUUAGAUUAUUAUAAUAAAAGUUAUAAAACAGCU